AUGAAGUACGCAGCAGCUCUUUCGAUGGCCGUCGCCCCGCUGGCCAUCGCCAAAGCCGUUCACAACGUCUACCCGGCACACCGAAGAAGCAGUCACCUGUCGGAGCUUGAGGGCGCCGCCGGUAUCGAGCUCGGAGGGCUCGCGGGUAUCGAAGCGGUUAGCUCAACCCAGAUCAUCAUCAUCUGGGCUAACCCGGGAAACAAUGCCGCGACGACGACACUGAACCAGCAAGUGACUGUCACACAGACGGUGACUGCUGGCGCCUCGAGCGCCGCCGCCGCUGCCAUAGCCACCCACAGUGUCACCGUCGGCGGAGCCGCCGGCCUCGUCUACACGCCCGAUCAGGUUGCCGCUAAUGUUGGUGACAUGGUCGUCUUCACAUUCGAGAGCACGAACCACACCGUCACCCAGUCCUCGUUCGGUACUCCCUGCACCGCCAUGGAUGGUGGCAUGGACUCUGGCUUCAUGCCCAACCCCGACAACAGCGUCAGCCCGGCUCCCCAGGUCGCCAUGCAAGUCAUGACCACUGGCCCCCUUUGGUUCUACUGCAAGCAGACGGGCCACUGCGGCAAGGGGAUGGCCAUGUCCAUCAACCCUACCGCCAGCAAGACCCAGGCCCUGUUCCAGGCUGCCGCCAUUGCGCAGAAGGGUGCAGGAGCUGGCAGUGCCAUCACCGGCAACUCCACCUCGUCCGCGGGGUCCGCAGGGUCCGCUGGCGAGUCCGCGGCCGCGUCUGCCGUCGCAUCGGCGAGUAGUGCCGCUGCCGCCGUCGGGACUGCCAUCUCAACCGGCACCGGUGCCAUCCAGACCGGCGCCUGCGUCUGCGCCGUCACCUGCGGUAGCGGCAGCUUCCCGGCCGUCAACGCCCAAGGCGUCGCCAACUUCGGUGGUUUCGCAGGUAGCCUACCCGCAAGCAUGAUGGAAGCCGCCAUCUAA